AUGGACGACGUGCAGCGGUACGUCUACCGAGCGUUGCGGUCAGAUGAGGACGUCAUGGCAGGGCUGAGGGCACGGGAUCCGGCUGCCAACCGCACCAUCUCGCAAGCUUUGGAAGAAGGCAAAAUGGCGAGUCAGUUCUUGCACGCGACCAUCUCACCAGAGGUGGCCCUGUUCUAUGCCAAGGCUUACUCCAAAACGUCGAAGCAGCAAAUCGUGGAGAUCGACUUGGAAGGCUUCCAUGGCCAAGUCGUUGAUGUCUCAGAUCCCCAUGCUUGCAACUGUCAUGACAUCCCGCGCUCUAGCAAGGCCUAUAAUUUUGCUACCAAGCACAAGGUCGUGAUGAUCAAAGGCUACAUCCGGCCAGAACGUCUGUCUAACAAAGUUUUUGACACCACAGAGUAUUUCCGGGACUACUCUGGCCGUCAGUCUUUGGACGAUUUCGUAUCAGCCUUGCCGGAAACGAUGCGAUUGGAGGUUACCCGCUACUGGAGACUCGACACCUUCAGCACCAGAUGCAGAAGGCCGAGAUCGAAGACGUCUCUGAGCCAAGCCGUGCAGGAGGACGAUGCAGCCCAGAAAUUGGUUCUAAAGAAGGCAUCAGACUGGCUAUCGCAAGAAAUAGAAAAGCUUGAAAAGCUUCGGGCGAGAAAGAAGGUAAUCGACGCACAGACCCGGGAGAUUUCAAAGAGGGCGGACAGAGAAGAAGCUCGCUUGAAAGAGGAAGCGCGAGUACAAAAGCUUGAGGAAGAAAGGCGGGAACGAGAGCGGCAAGAGGAAGAGCGUCUCAACAAGAAACGUCGGGAGGAGGAGAGGAGGGGGCCGAAAAUCCGUGCAAGGUGUCCGGAAAAGGAUCAUCUGUAUGACAACUUUGACAGGAAAGCUCUGCAGGUGGCUCUCGGGAAUGGAGGCUACAUCGCGAUUUGGGACCGUGCCAAGGUCCAUGCUUGGAGCAACGUCCCGAAAUCACUGGAAAACAAGCUCAAUGGUCGGGGCGGGGCUAUCAUCAGGCACACGCCACUAUGGUCGCACUGA